AGUGUCCCUGGAAACUUUCGAAUAUCGAAACCGCGUUCGAAACAAGGAGAAUUUAAUGGCGGUCGAAGAACCCCCCACCCUGACCUCGUAUGCAGAGACAGUUAAGGUGUCAACAGGCGAGGCCGAACAGAGUUUACGCGAUAAUUCUCAUCUGUUCGUAUUUACACAUUUAUUUCAAUGCUUAUCGUAUCGCACUAAAUAUUUGAACCUCGGUAUUGGCGGUAUAUGGUUUCGAUAUAACUGGCGUUUAGAGAAUGCAACUAUCCAGAACAUAGCACGGUGCAGAUUUUUCUGACAUGUAUGUGUGUAUACGUACAUAAUGUUUUGAUUCAAUCGCAGCUGAGAUUCUCUUGUAUCUAUUUCAAUAAAGAAUGUUCUUCAGAUUUGUUUUUGCUAACAUCAGUGUAGUCAACUUUUAAUUCUUUCUUCGUUGAACUCUACAGGUUUCGCGUUAUAUUACUUGUGCGCUGAUGUUUAUUAUAGUAUAAUAUUUUUUAUUGAAUAAGUGUAUACAUUCUGGACACAGUAUGUUCAACGUUGCAUUAUUAUUGUACAGUGUCAUUGUGACAGCGUGCACUUCGACAAUUAUUACAGUGUAUUGAAGUUGUUCUUAUGAUGUAACUUAUUCCGUGAGAUCUUUGCAACGUAAUUGCUCAAAGAAACAUUCCAAUGAGUGUGGAUGAUGAGCUUUCUUUUAUCCAGCAGUAUUGAGGCAAAUAUACUGUAAUGGGGUGGGUCUUGUCCACCACAGUAUGGAUUGCAAUGUGGAGUUGCUUUUUGCGGGGCUUACAACUAGCUCCACAAACAUCUCCAAAACAGAUUCCAUGUGAUAAAACAAGGAAAGUUUUUACUGAUUCUUGGGGAAUCAUUAGCGAUGGACCUUUAGGCUCAAAUUAUACUCAAGAUUCUCACUGUGAAUGGCUCAUAAAAGCGAACAACAGCCGUCAAUUUAUUACUUUAAGUUUUCGUACCAUGGGAACAGAAUGUAGCUAUGAUUAUGUUUUCGUUUACGAUGGAGAUUCUUUUAGAUCUCCUCUUUUAGGAAGUUUCAGUGGAAAAACGGAACCACAGCAAGUGACAUCAUCAUCUGGUUAUAUGCUAAUAUUAUUAUAUAGUGAUACAAAUUACGUCUUGGAUGGUUUUCAUGCAGAAUUCUCAGUUACAAAUUGUCCAAAUAAUUGUACAAAUCAUGGAAAAUGUAUUAAUAAUAAAUGCGUCUGCGAGAACGAUUGGGGCGGGAGAGAUUGCUCUAGAGCACUUUGUCCAAACAAUUGUAGUUAUGGUGGUGAAUGUAAUACAAAACGGUGUCAGUGUCACGAUGGAUAUUCAGGACAGUCUUGUUCAUUGCAUAAAACUCAUCCAGAAGGGAAUAAGUGGCACUGGCUUUCGCAUUCUGAAGGUGGAUUAAGGCCACGAGCAGCACAUACUGCAGUCUACAUAAAGGAAACAGAUUCUCUUUAUGUUUUUGGUGGCUAUGAUCUCAACAAUAUACUCAGUGAUUUGGAAGUGUAUCAAUUUGGUACAAGUCAGUGGGAAGAUGCGUUUGGUAAUAUAUUAGAACGCACUUCAUCUGCAGAAUAUUUAGAUCCUAUGCUCAUUGGCACUGAAUUAGAGCGAAUAGAUGCUGGUGCAAAAGAAUUAUAUGGUGUUCGCCGUACAUCCCUCAUGUGGAGGGUACUCUACAGUAUUAAAGACAAUAACACUUUUAGCUUACAUAAUCGUGGAAAUGUAGAAAAUGGGCAUGGUUGGUCAGAAUUUAGGAAUACACCAGAACAUAAAGCACAUGACAGAAAAGUUGGUAUACUUAAAAUAGAAAGGAACGAUGAUUUUCGAAAGAAACAUUCGAGGCAUCCGAAACCUCGAUAUGCACAAACUACGAGACAUCGAAGGAACCUUGAAGAUUUCGAUUUAUAUCGAGAACUUCAUGCUCCGAAUAUAAAAAGCGAUAUAUUAAAUUGGGAAGAGCAGAGCGUCGAAGACCCUAUUCAAGAGAAUAUUUUUAUUCAAGAGCCUAAUUCAGCAACUGAUGAAUCAUUCAAAGAAGAAUCUACUAAAUCGCCUAUUGAUGAAUUGCCUAAACCAAGUCCACGAUAUGGUCACGCUGCUUGUAGAUACGAUGAUGGUUUUGUUAUUUAUGGAGGAAAGGUGCAGGAUGGUUCUUUAUCAAAUGAACUAUGGCAUUAUAACGUUAAUACACGUAUUUGGACAUUAAGAGCUAAAAACUCUCCAUUUUAUCCACCGCCAUUAACAAGACAUACCCUUACUUUAGCAAACGAUCAUAUUUACCUUUUCGGUGGUAGUACAGUCGAUGGUGAAUUUUCAUCUAGUCUGUAUAAACUUAAAUUGAAUUUAUCUGAUCCUACUGCAACUACAGAAAGAUGGAAAGAAGUACAUCCUCGAGGAGGUAAAGAACUAGAUGUACGUGUAGUUGCACAUUCAACUGUGUACCACCGUGCUACCAACUCUCUUUUAGUUUAUGGGGGAGUAGUGGCUAGCGUAGCACGGUUCAGUAAAUUAUCAGAUAGAAUGUUUGUAUUUCAACUUGAUAGAAAAGUUUGGUCUGAAAUUCAUUAUCCAAGAGCACAUUUGAGAGACACUUAUGUUCCCAGAGAACGGGCAUUUCAUACUAGCAAUAUUAUAGGGAAUUAUUUAGUUGUGUUUGGUGGAUAUUCUCACAGACAUAAUAAAGAAGAAAUUUGUUAUGAUAAUCAAAUGUAUCUUUAUCACUUAGGCUGUCACGCCUGGGUAAGUCAUGACGUACUAGGUUUAAACGACAAAGAUUCGCGUUAUCCGAAACAACAAGGAGUUUUUGCACAUGCAGCAGAUGUACGUAAUGGAAACACUUUGUUAUUAGUCGGUGGUUAUCAUGGAAAUGUAAAUGCAGAUUUACUUGCUUACACAUUACCACCGAUGCUCGCGCCAGGAGAUGAAGAUUACAUAGAACCUGAACAAAUAUGUUCAAGGCAUAAAAGUCUAAUGGAAUGUUCAGCCAAUCCUGAAUGCGGUUGGUGCUCAGCGGACGAGAUAUGCUAUGGUAGAACUAUUGGUAGUAAUUGCACGACUAAUCUUCAGACAACUCGUUGCCCAGGCGUUUGUCCUGCACUCGGAGAUUGUCAUUCUUGUUUAAUACAUGGUCAACCUGGUGGAGGAUGGGGCACAACUGCUCGUGGAAAGAAAUCAAUUUCCAACAAGUUAAAUUUAGGAACUUGUACUUGGUGUGUUCAAAACGCUCGAUGUCAUCACAAAGAUGAUAAUUAUGGGGUCUGUGGUCUUCGAGAUGAUACGCUAUCUCAGAUACCUGGAUGGUGGGGUCCUAAGGGUACUGAAAUUAUAAAAGUAGAGGAAUGUCGUGAAAUGGAUAAAAGGCCAGGACUAACAUUUUUAAAAUACAAGCCUCCAGUAAAUUUUAGCCAACCUGACUCAGUAACAAUAGUCAAUGCUACAACAGUUGAUUUUAAUGUUCCGUCCAUGCAAGGAGCAAAAACUGAGUCUGCCCUCGGCGGAGAAAUGAUAGCUAGGUUAAUUGGAUUCUUAAGACCACCGCAAUAUUAUUGGGACAGUGCAGUGGAACACUUAAAGAUUUGUGUCAGUUAUAACAGUGCAACUCUACACGUAUCACGAAGCGACGAUCCUCAAGAAUUGGAAUUAGUUGCAAAUUUAACUGCUGAAACAUCACAAUGUAUACCAACAAAAUGGCCUGAUGGACAUCAGAUGAUGUUACUGCCAGGUCGGUAUCUAUUAGACUUUGAAUCAAAAAGAAUGGUUACUACAAGUUAUGCGUAUGCAAGUAAAAUGGAAAUCACUCACAAUAAGAAAACUGAAAAUCCAAAAGUUUUUACAUUCGAAUAUCUUGAACCAUAUCAAAACGGAUCCUGCCAUCAGUAUAAAAAUUGUCUUCAUUGCUUGACUGAUUCAUCAUGUGGCUGGUGCGAUAUUAUUAAUAAAUGCCUCUCAAGAUCAAUCAACGAAACAGAAAGUUGCGUGGCUGACAUGGAAUGGGACGAAGAUGGCAAUCCGAUUCGUGAAUGGCAUUAUCUAACCAUCACACCUUCUGCCUGUGCUAACUGUUCUAAUUACAUUUCCUGUGAAUCUUGCGUUGGUAGCAAUUUAUGCGAAUGGUGGACAGAAGAAGCUCGGUGCGCAAGAAUAGGUAGAUUGCCUAACGCCGUUGUUAGUCUUGACCAAUGUCCAAUUCCAUGCAGACAGCGUUCAAAUUGCACUCAGUGUUUAGAUGAACGUGGAAGAUGUGUAUGGUGCGAAGCUACACAAGAAUGCUUUUCUUUUUCGAUAUAUACGUCCGAAUAUCAGUUUGGUUUAUGUCGAGAAUGGAUGGAUCAAGCCGGUCUUAUGGGAGUAACCUCAAGGUCCGGAUCAUCUUUAACAGGCAAUGACCAAUGCAAAAGCUGUAGUCGACAUACAAACUGUUCCAACUGCCUGCAUUCGUUAAGUUGUGGUUGGUGUUAUAGUCUGGAAAAUCCUAUUUUGGGAGCAUGUGUGCAAGGAGACUUCAAUCAACCGCAUGUUAAUUGUAGCUUAGUCAUUAAUGAAUAUCAAAACACUACGUUAGAAGCUGACGAAGCAGGAUGGGCAUAUGCUCAGUGUCCAGAUGUCGACGAAUGUGAUUUAGGUUUGCAUGACUGUCAUCCUGAUGCAUUAUGCACUAAUACUCAUGGAAGUUUCAGCUGCCAAUGUAAAAGAGGUUUCAACGGAGAUGGCAAAGAAAAUUGCACAAAAACAUGCUUCGAAAAAUGUGUUAAUGGUUAUUGUAGCGAAGCACCGGAUUACAAAUGCGAAUGUUAUCUAGGUUGGACAGGACCAGACUGUAGAACAAAUUGUGGUUGUUACAAUCAUUCUACUUGUGUGCAAGGUCCAGGUAUUUGCGACGAGUGUCAAAAUUGGACGACUGGCAGGUAUUGUGAGGAAUGUAAAGCGGGUAGUUACGGUAAUGCCACAACACCACUUGGAUGCAAAAAAUGUAAUUGCAAUGAACACGGAGAUAAGGAUCUAGGUAUUUGUGACCGACAGACUGGUAUAUGUUUCUGUCGCGAUAAUACUCAAGGAUAUAUGUGUCAGUUCUGUAAGAAAGGAUAUUAUGGUGAUCCGAGAAAUGGUGGAAUGUGUUAUUACGGUUGUAUAUCACGGGGUAUGUUAGGAGGUGAAGGAACUGGUAAACAAGGUCUCGGAAGCAGACACUCGCAAUUGUCUUUAUGGGAAAGUCAUUUCGGAGAAUCGCCAACAAGAGAAUGUCUCUGGAUAGUCAGUCCGAAAACGGAUCUUUCAUCGGAUACAAUGCUUUCAGGAAUACAAAGUGUAAUACAAUUUACUAUACACGAUGAUAUUAAUGUUAGUUGUCAAGAGAAUAGUAUUUACGUAUACGACGGACUUCCUGAAUUUGUUUCUUCAACUACUAGUCAUCAGAGUCAACUCUUAGGUGUUUAUUGUACAGAAAGUACAGAUUAUCCGGUAACAGUAGAAGCUAAGUCUGGAUUCCUUACCGUGCACUAUAAACAACUGGAUGAGGUGGAAGGGUUCAAUGCAAGUUACGUAAUAAUAACGUGUAACAAUUGUCCUGGAAAUCGGGAAUGUCGAAACGGAAAUUGUUUAUGUAAAGUUGGUUUUAUAGGAAUCAAUUGUGAUAUUGAAAUAUGUCCAAAUAACUGUACGUCAUCUAAAAAGCAAGGAACUUGUGAUAAGGGUUACGGACGCUGUGUAUGUGCAGUUGGCUAUGGAGGACAUGAUUGCUCAAUUAAAAUUAAAGACCAUCAGUUAAUCUUUACUGAGUUAUUUAAUUCUGAGUAUUUAACAGAUCACUUAGACCAUUUACGAAAAACUUUACCAAGAUUUGGCCACACACUAGUCGCAGACAGAAGGGGCAGUCUUUGGAUGUUUGGUGGAUAUUCUCUUAGCCAUGGUCCUUUGAAUGAUAUUAGACUUUUUGACACUAAAAAUAACACUUGGAUGCCUAUUACUGUAGAAUCUACUUCGGAAGCUUCUAUGCCUCAAGGUAGAUAUUUCCAUGCGACUGAAAUAGUCCACAGUAGGCAGCAGAUAUACGUUUACGGUGGUUUGUCGAUGAAAGAAGAGGAUGUUCAAGGAUUAUCUAACAAUACGUUGAGCGAUUUCUGGAAAUUCAGUUUGCAAAAUCAGAGAUGGAUGCAAAUUAUGCAAGAUGAAUCUAAAAGAGAACCACCGCCUUUAGCUGGGCAUACAUUGACAUUACGUAGAAAUGGAGAAUCGGAGAGUCUAAUACUGAUCGGAGGAUUUAGUCCUAAAUAUGGUUAUCUGGACACUGUAUGGGAGUUCAACUUAGAAUCAGAAACUUGGGACACUAUAAACACAAUUGGAAAUGGACCAUUAGGAGUUUAUGGCCACUCAACAGUAUACCACAGCAAGUCAGAUAGCUUUUACAUUUUUGGUGGAUAUACGUAUGCAAUAAAUCGAACAUUUAUUUCGAAUAAAUUAUAUGCUUUAAAUUAUACAACUCGCACGUGGUCUGUACUUCCACCAUUUGAUGAUGAUCUUACUGAUGGGAAUAGUUUGCCUCAAGCUAGAUUUCUUCACUCUGCUGUUACCACUGAUGAAUACAUGGUUAUAUUUGGUGGUCGCCAAAAUCCUCACAAUACAUCUGAUUCACUAAUUGCUUAUAAAUAUUCAUGUAAUUUAUGGAUUCGUUUAAUAACGAAAGAUAUGGAAGUUAUUGGAAGUCCCCCACCACCAGCAUAUGCUCAUGCUAUGACUCAUGCUGAUCCAGAAUCUAAUGCUGUAUACGUUGUUGGCGGUUUUGAUGGUGGAAUUAAAAGUCAUGUAACUCUUAUAAACAUACCCGAAGAUUUAUGCAAUCUCUGGACAGACAAAAUAACUUGUAGAAAAUACUUUGGAUGCUCCUUCUGUGCUGUUACCACAAUUAGUGGAAACAAUGCUUCUUUCUGUUUCUCUAAUGAUGUAUCCGAUAAUAAAGAUAACAGAUGUGAUAUUAAUGUUACUCAAGCUCAACUAUCGAAUGGAAUCGUUUGCAAUGCAGAAUGGAUGGCAAGCAGAAAGUGUCAAAAUUUUAAAACAUGUACAGAAUGUUUAGCAGAAUGGCCAUAUUAUAAAAAUGAGAAACCAGUGUGUAAAUGGUGUACAAAUUGUCCAAAUGGAAAGUGUAUACCAUACGAGAAAGUUUGUAAUGAGUUAAAUAAGUGCUAUGUCAGGCAAAUAUCAGUAGCAGAUGUAAAUCAAUGUGGUGAACGACAAUGUCCAGCAAGCGACUGCGAAAAAUGUAACAGUCUCGAAGGUUGCGCAUGGACAAGACAGGUCUUAAAGACUUCUGAGUUGGGAGUUACAGUAACAGGUGUACCUGUGUACGAUUGGAAUUGUGUACCGGAUGAUAUUUUUGAGAGAUCCAGUAUUAAAAUGGGGAGUACACAAUGUGAAAAAAGAUGUGCUGAACACAAAGAUUGUAAAAGCUGUCUGAAGGGUACAGGAGCUGAAGGAGGAUGGCGGGAAUGUAGAUGGUCAACACAACUUAACGAAUGCAUCUCUCCUUCGUAUCAACCGCUUUAUUGUGCUGGUGGCGUAUGUGGUUUAGUACUGCGUAGCUCUGAUAUUGAUCAUUGUCCGGAACCAUGUGCAGUUUUUAAACAAUGCAGUAUAUGUCUGAAACAUUCACACUGUGGAUGGUGUUCUUUAGAUUCUGCUAAUAUAACUGGUCAAGGAAUAUGUAUAGAGGGCUCACUCGAAGCACCUACAGAUCAUCCAGCUGGUGGUACAUGCGACAUGCUUUACCAUCAACAAUUUCCUCAGACAGAACCACCGCUCAUAACUACAUUAUUUCCACAUUAUGUAGAGACAUACGAAAAUCCAGACAAUGUAACAAUGUUAAUACCAAGUGUAACAUCGAAACCGGUAUUCUCUUGGCAUUAUGUACGGUGUCCUCCAGAAAAUGAAUGUACUAAUGGUCACCACACAUGUUCACCGAAAAGUGAAAAAUGUUUCGAUUUGGAAGAAGGAUUUGAGUGUAUCUGCGGUGAUGGAUACAAAACUGAAACUCCAGCGUCAAUCAAUGAAUUUGGAAGAAAAAUCUGUGUACCAAUGUGUACGCAAGGAUGUGUUCGAGGAACAUGUGUAGAACCAAAUGUUUGCCGUUGUGAUUUUGGUUAUGUAGGUGCCAAUUGUUCAAUUCAGUGCCAGUGCAAUGGCCAUAGUAAUUGCGCAGGUCCAGAUAAAUUAGAUGUCUGCCUAGAGUGCCAUAAUAAUACAAUGGGGCCACAAUGCGAUAAAUGCUUACCUUUAUUUGUUGGAAAUCCAGCUGAUAAUGGGCAGUGUGUACCAUGCCUAGAAUACUGCAAUGGGCAUACUCAAAUUUGCAUUAACGAGAGUAUGACUGUACCGGAUCCAAACUCUAUAAAUAAAAUGUCUAUAGAAUUAUUAAAGAAGCAGUUAGUUGAAGGUCCGGUAGCUAAAGCAAAGUGUAUAAACUGUGGAAAUAAUACAAAGGGUGACAAAUGUGGAGAAUGCAUGACAGGUUAUUUCAGAGGAACGGAAGAUCUUCGUGAUGUGUGUCGACCUUGCGAGUGUCAUGGUCAUGGAUUCACUUGUGAUCCUGUAACUGGAGAAAAAUGCAAUUGUGGUAAUAAUACUGAAAGUAAUUCAUCUUGUACUAGUGGCCCUAUAAAGGGUACAAAUACUGGUGGUCCACCACCAUGCUGGAUGGUACAAUGUAGUAAAUGCAAAGAAAAUUAUGCGGGAAAUCCAACUAUGGGUCAUCAAUGUUAUAAAACAGUGUUACUUGAUAACAAAAUGUGUUUUGACUCCAAACUAAUAGGAUCUUAUGAUGAAUGCAAAAUGAAACCAAAACCACUGAAUCCUGGUCAGACAGUAUUUUAUAUGGUACAACCUCGUUUCAUGAAUGUUGACAUCAGAGUUAUGGUCGAUGUAACUCAAGGAGGUUUGGAUUUGUUUUUUAGUCCUCGCGACGAUUCUUUCGUUGUUAAUAUAAAUACAACAACGGGGUACCAGGAUGUUGAACUUGAUAACAGAUUUGUAUUGCGCAAAGAUCCACGAAAUUCGUGGAUUGACAAACAUACUCGCAGUAAAAUGAGAGUCGUUGACUAUCAUUCUAAUGGCACCACUCCUGAACAAAAUUGGAACACUGGUCCACAAUACAUCGUAAUGGAAUGUUACGCAGAAAGUCUCGCUACUUUUCUAACAAUUGAGAAGAGGAAUACAAUUUUAGUCGUCAGGAAUCUCACAAACCGAUUGGUAUUGACCUUACCACAGGAUAAACACGAACUUCAUCAAACGAAAUUUCACAUUGCUCUAAGAGCAAUUGAUCCCGUCAAUUCGGAAAUAAAUGGUCGAGCUGCCUAUGGAAUGAUUUUCUUCCGACAAGAUCAACUUCAUAUUGAUCUCUUCGUUUUUUUCUCUGUGUUUUUCUCCUGUUUCUUUUUAUUCUUAGCUGCUUGCGUGGUCGCUUGGAAAACGAAACAGGCAGCCGAUGUUCGAAGAGCACGAAGGAGACACGUUGUUGAAAUGUUACACAUGGCCAAAAGACCAUUCGCGUCUGCUACAAUUAUUUAUGAUCGUGAUGGUACCGACUGCAGUCCAAGUUCACCACAGCGGAAAAGUAGGCGAAAUAAAUUAGUUAGCUUUCAUAACGAUGUGAGACCCGUGGCAGUUGAACCAACUGACGAUGGCGUUGCGGCUGUAGCUACCGUGUUUAUCAGAUUACCGGGUGGUCGACAAGCACCCGUUAAACUUGCUCUUGGCAGCUCAUUGAUACUAUUGACCAGAGUUUAUCCGGUGAAUAGUAGGGUGUUCCUAAGACGUAGAAACAGUCACGCGUUAAACUGAACUUCAAUCGGCAGGAAUUUCUUUCCGUUAUCCUUAAGUCUGCUUAGGCAGAGAAAUAUAGAAAGCCAUUUUUAUUCUUUACCCUCACGAAUCGGUUUCGUUGAUCUCAUCUCUCGUUGUAAUUAUUCGGCCUUUCGCGUCGUUUGAUGCAUGCUCGUUACACGAAUUGGAAAGGUUAUCAUUUGUUAAUUCGGGUAUACCAUGUACAUUUAUCCAAUUCGUGUAAAUUUCACUUCUAAUCAUCCAUGACGUUUUCUUUUUUAACAGGAUUUAUUAUUUGUUCUGCCAUCGUCGACAUUGUUCAAUAUUCGCCACUAAUGUGUACUUUUAGUUUAACAUUGUAUUAUAGACACAAAAGAAAAAAACAAUUAUAAGGGUAUUUAAGCUAGGUGAUAAUAUAUAAUAUAUAUUGUCAUACCAUUCCAUGACGAGACUGUAUGUUUGUAUAUAAGAAUCUGUAAUUAUGUAUUUGUAAUUUACACAGUUUUGUAGAAGCAUUUUAUGUGAACCGGACAUGGUUUUGUGUCUUGGAACGUUUCGUGGCCAUUUUCCAUGGAAAGUGGAUGAUUUUAUUGAGUCGUUUUACGAAGGUUUAAGUAAAAAGGAAAAAAUAAUGGGAAGAGCAACUACAAGUAUUACUCUCAUUACCAGAUUCAUAUUUCAAUAGAAAUUCUAAACGAAAAUCAAAAUUUUUUAAUGAAACGAAAAUUCUCAAUUAUGAUCAAGCGAAAAUAACAGAUGACGUUCAUCAUCGUGAGUGUAAAUAUUGAGGUGUCAGCUGUGGAACAAAUUAUAAAGCUUGAUGUGAUAGUAUUUCAGCGUAAAUACCGCCAACAAUUACUCUCAGUGUAAUGGAAAUGCAAUAAUAAUCGGCCGACAGGCUCAACUUGCUGAUUGUUGGCAAACAGAAUGAUAUUAGAAUACAACGCGUGCACGUAUACAUGUAUGUUGAUUCAGGGUAUCGUAGAUGCUGCCAUGAGGAACGAAUUGUAUUUGCAUAAUUUAAACAAACAGUAUUAGUAUCGUUGAUUAGAAAGAAGCUUGAUGAUGCGUGAGUCGAAAAGGUUCCUAUGCCAAAAACUGAUGAGGAAUAACGAGCGUUGUAGCAUAAUAAUAUUAUUAUUAUUAUUUAUGGCAAAAGAGAAACGAUAGAAGUUAUAUAAAUUAAAGAGAAAUUGUAAAUACGCGAGGUACACAUUUACAAAUGUUUAUCGACACCGAAUAUAUCCUGAUUGUAAAAUAUUAUUUACCAUCACUGAUAUUGGGCUUAGUCCGUUGAGGAACAGAAAGAGGAAUACAUCUUCUAUUUAAGAUGUUAAGUCGAGGUUACGUAUUAAUCAAAAGUAUAGAAACGAUAGGGUGUUGAUGUAAUGAUAUUAAUAUGUACUAUUAAGAGGAAUGUAAGCAAAUUAAUCGAAACAGUGAGCGAUGUAGUGAAACAGUUGUAAAUACAAAGGAGUGUUUUUUGCUAUAAUGUUACGCGGUACCAAACAGGUUUAAUAUAUUCUGUACAGAAUGUUUUCUGGGAUAAUUGUUACACAGUUUGAAUAUUUUCCACUGUAUUUUUCUGAAAUUUCUUAUGAAAUUUCAACAACCAUAUAAACCUUCAACGUGAAUUAUUUUUCUUGCUGUAACAUGUAAUUGACAUAAAACAUAAUUAACAUAAGAUCACUUAAACAAAAUUUCGAUAUAUUUAAUUUCGUUAAAUCUUCCAAAUACAGUGAAAAAUAGUUAAACUGUUUUUGGAAGCAUUCUACGUAUGCCGUCUAAUAUAUUGGAAGAAUACAAUGUUGUUCCUUAAUUAGGAAUUGUAACACAUUGUACAAUUGUUGAAUGUGCAUAUGACAAUGCAGUACGUCUUUGUCCGUUGAAUCUUAGCCUGUUUCGUUCUUAU